AUGGGCAAACGAACCAGAGACAAGGCGAAAGCCGAGGUAGAGGACGACGACGAUGACGUCGACGCCUCGGCCUUCCCUCGAGGCGGCGCCGCGAGCGGUGGACGCGGCGAUGAAGAUGCGUUUCCUCGAGGCGGCGGCGGCGGCGGCGACGGUGACGACGCCGGACGGGGCAGGAAGCGUCGAUCGAGCCAACGAGGCGGUGAUGGCGAUGGAAGCAAUGACGAUGACGAUGAUCCGUUCUCGCGAAUCUCACGCGCGGCGAAAGGGGCGAGUUCGAGAGCGGUGUCUUCGAGCGGCGGCGGGGCGAAGUACGUCGAGACUUUGAAGUACAAGUCGCUACGACCUGGAGCUAAACUUUUGGGCAUCAUCUCCGAAGUUACCGCGCGGGGAUUAGUGAUGAGUUUACCAGACGGCUUGCGCGGCACCGUGGCGCGCGCGGAAGUUGCUGGCACCAGCGACGAGGACGACGAUGACGAUGACGCAGAGGCGAGCUUGGAGUUGCUGUACGAGCCCGGGCAAGUGCUUCGAUGCGCGGUGGUGAGUUUGGAGAAAGGUAAAACGGGUGGCAAGAGAAUCGAGUUGUCUCUCAGACUAGAAAAGGUGUGCGAGGGCCUCACAAAGGAAAGUCUCACCGAAGGCUCGGUAGCGCCAGCCGUAGUUCAAAGCGUCGAAGAUCACGGCUACAUCUUGAGUUUUGGUAUCGCAGAUACGAGCGGAUUCUUACCGAAGAAAAAUGUGGCGAGCGAUUUGGGCGAGAUUCGUAAAGGCAGAAUCAUCGAUGUAGUCAUCACCGGCGCACCAAAGGGCAAUAAAGGUUAUUUUACCGUGACGAGCGAUCAGAAGCGAAUCAAGACUUCGGUCGCCCACGAGACGUCGGCGACGAAUGUCGAUACAUUGCUUCCGGGGAUGCUCGUAAAUUCUAGAAUCAAGCAAAUACUUUCUGACGGUGUCUCAGUUUCUUUCAUGACUUACUUCAGUGGCACCGUGGACUGUUUUCACACUGGGGCUCUUGCGACGUCGAAAGGGGUUUCGUCCGCGUUUAAAGUAGGGCAACGCAUGCGUGCGCGAAUCAUUUUUGUCGACUCUGCGUCGAAGCGUGUUAGCCUAACCUUGCUGCCGCAUCUGCUUGAUUACGCGUCCAUCGAACUUCCAAAGCUUGGCAAAACUUUCCAAACUGCCAAGAUUGAGCGCGUGGAUGCGGGUCAAGGGGUCGCGCUGAGUAUUUCAGAUGGUAAGAACGAUAUCGCUGGAUAUGCACACGUUUCACAGCUUUCUGACGAACGCGUGGAAAAGGUGGAGAAGAAGUUCAAAAUCGGAAGAAGCGUAAGUGUUCGCGUCAUCGGUCAUCGUUUGCUCGAUGGAGUGGUUAGCGUCAGUUUGAAGUCAUCUGUCAUGGCUCAACCUUUCUUUUCAUUGGAUGAACUCACACCAGGGAUGCUUGUGAACGGCGAAGUUCUCGCCGUUGAGCAUUACGGAGCCAUAGUGAAACUUGCCGAGGGCAUUAAAGCGCUGUGUCCCCCGCUUCACAUUUCUGACAUUGUCGGCCGAACGACUUCUGCAAAAGUCGCCCCUGGUGCCAAAUUGAAGUUCAGAGUAUUGAACGUGGAUCGAAAUAGCCGGAGAGCGACGGUAUCGCAUAAAAGAACGCUCAUCAAGUCCGAGCUCCCAGUAAUUGGUCAGAUUGAAGACGCUGUGCCCGGAUCAAUCACGCACGGCGUGGUGACGGGCGUGAAUGAGUACGGUGUGUUCGUCUCCUUGUACGGUGAUUUGAAGGGUCUGGCUGGUUUGAAUGACUUGGGUCUUCUGCGAGAUCAAAAACCGUCCGACGCGUUUGGUGUCGGACAAGUUGUUCGAGUACAGGUUGUUUCAGCCGACACGUCUGGUCGGUUACGUCUUUCGCUCGCGUCUGGCGACGCGGAUGGAAACUCUGCGAGCAUGAUUAUUAAUGCGUCCGCAGAUGCCUUGAAGCCGGGUCAUGUCGUUGAAAAAGCAGUGGUCACGCACGUGGCGUCGGGCACAGGUAAUGUCGAGGUGGUUUUUUCUAUGGAAGAAGGCAACAUACCAGGCGUCGUGCCGCUCGCCCAUUUAUCUGACCAUCCGCUGACGGCGCAAGGAUUGAGCGCUGUUCUCAAUCCCGGUGACGAGAUUGGUCCUUUAGUAGUUCUUGAAGGCAAAUCAACUCGAGCAGUGAUGUCGCGCAAACUUUCACUCGUGGAAAGCUCGCGAGAAGGGAAGCUUCCAGCGACGGCGAAGGAAGCGACGCUCGGCGCAGUGUUCCCAGGCUACGUCGCAUCAGCCACCGCUGCGGGCGUUUUCGUUCGCUUUUUAGGUCGACUCACCGGUCUUGCACCGCCUUCACAGCUCACAGACGGUACUACGGGAGACGUGCACGAAAUGUUUCCGGUAGGUAAGACUGUCAACGCAUUAAUACUGUCUGUGGAUACGUCCACGCCGACGCCGAGGUUGUCACUCUCAUUGAAAGUUUCUGCCACUUCGUCGCCUCUCAGCGAUGCACCGUUGGUUCGCUCGUUUUUCCAGGAUAUUGAGUUUCUCGAUGACAGAGAUGUCGGAGCCGAAGACGUGGGUAUAUCACCUGAAACCGCAAAGUCGCUCAAGCCCGGUACGUGGAUGGAUGUGUCAGUUAACGAAACAAAGGAUUACGGCGUUUUGAUGGAUGUUCCGAUCGAUUCCAACGUCGUCGGUCUGGUGACGCCUCAUCAGAUACCAGUAGACACGACGUUCACAGCGGGGGAUGAGGUAAAAGGUUACGUUUUAGACGUCAGCCGCCGAGAAGGCGUAGUUGACAUCGGCAUGCGGGAUGGAUUGGGCAAAUUCAAGCGAAACAAGACGUCGUCUGGCAAAAGUUUGAAGAAGCUUAAGGUGGGAGAUCAAGUCUCCGCUGAGGUCGAACUCAUAAAGGCUGAGUAUGUGGCACUUUCUUUACCAGAGCAUAACGGCUUGAUAGGUUUCGCUCCUGUGCAUCAUUUGAACCUUCGUUACGAAGACGCGUCGGAACGCUUUACGCCGACGCAAUGCGUCAAGGCUGUCAUCGCACAGCUUCCAGAGGGUGAAAUGGGGCGUCUUCUCCUGACGGUUCCCGUUACUAAAGGAACCACAGCAAGCGGACGAAUUGCCGCCGGGACGCUCGUCAAGGGUGUCGUGUCAGAGGUUCAAAAUCUGCAGGCAUUGGUCGCUUUGCCAAAUAACGCUCGGGGACGACUUUACAUUAGCGAGUUCAGCCCCGGUGAAGAUACCCCACUGGAGUCUAUUUCAGUGGGUUCAACUGUUGAAGCCACUGUGAUGGGUCUUGCUGGAGACCGUGGAGGACUUCUGGACCUGUCGAUGCAUAGGAAAUCCGCGUUUGUGCUUGAAGAUGUCUCUGUUGGCGACGACGUGAGCGCGUACGUCGUUUCCGUAACGGACGAUGGGAUCAAGGUGACUAUCGCUCCCGGAAUCACAUCCUUCAUUCCGAAGAUUGAAACGUCGGACAAAUCAUCUGAGCUCGCCAUGAAGCUGAGCUCUCGCUUCACCGUGGGAGAGCGCGUGUCCGCGAUUAUCGUUGGAGUUAAGGCGACCAAGAAGCGAGUCGACCUCAGCCUUCGAACGGACGGCGCAUCCGGGUCGUCUCGCGUGUGCGUCGGGGCUAAAGUGCAAGGUAUUAUUACGCGAGUCGUGGAAAACGUCGGUCUCAUGGUUCAACUCGGAUCGCAUUCCGUGGGACGAGUACACUUGACAGACAUGGCGGACGAGUACGACGACGAUCCGUGCGCCAAGUACGAAGCGGGACAAGUCGUGCAGGUGCGCGUGUUAAACGCUUCUUCAAACGGAGAACUCGAUUUAUCUAUGCGCGCGUCUCGUUUGAGUAGCAAGCGAACCUCGCCGACGGAUCCCGAGAUCACGGAUAUCAGCAACCUCGUUCCUGGUCAACGCGUAAAGGGAUACGUCAAGGCGACUUCAAAGAAAGGAUGCUUCAUCGCUCUUUCCCGCGGCAUCGACGCUAUGUGUAAGCUGUCAAACCUCGCGGACAGUUUCAUCGCGGAUCCAGCGAAAACGUUUCCUCCUGGAAAACUUGUCGAAGGACGGAUCGUGAGUGCCGAUGCGGCUAAAGGACGAGUUGAGCUCGCGUUCCGCGAGACGGACGCCACGCAAGGAAAUGCAGAUGUUUCGACGGUGAAGGUGGGAGACGUGCUCAUUGGCACUGUUCGCCGCGUACAACCGUACGGAGUGUUCGUCAGUCUCGAUGGCACGAAGUUAUCUGGACUCUGUCACAUCUCUAUGUUCGCAGACGCUCGAAUUAGCGACGAUUUGGCGUCUCACGUGCGCCAAGGCGAAAGGGUGCGAACGAAAGUGUUAGAAAUCAACACUGAGACGAACAAGAUAUCGCUCGGUAUCAAGGCUUCGCUCUUUGAAGACGACGACGGCGACGGAGACGAAGAGAUGGCCGACGUCAACACAGCGCACACGUUUGAUCCACUGAUGGAUUCCUCAGAAAGUGGCGAGUCAGACUCCGACAUUGACGAAGACGGACCGCUGCAUGCAGACGAGGGCGAAUCGACAGACGAGGAAUCUGAUCCAUCUGAUUCAGAGGACGCGCCGAUCGGCAACGAUUUAGGGUUCGAUUGGGAUGCCGAAAAAACGGACGCCAGUAUGACCGACGUCGCUGAUGAAAAGGCGGGUAAGAAGGGUGCCGACAAAGCGCCGUCAAAACGCGAAAAAAAACGAUUGAAAGAGGCGAGGGAGCUCGAAAUUUUACAAAAAGAGCAAGAGAUGAGAGAUGGCGAUCAUAUUCCCGAAUCUGCGAUGGAGUUUGAAAAGUUACUCAUCGCAUCGCCUCGCUCGUCGUUUCUUUGGGUAAGAUAUAUGGCGUUUCACGUCAGCUGUGGCGCGUACGAUGAGGCUAAAGAAGUCGCGGAACGAGCUCUCGGAGCGAUACCCGCCUCGGAAGAGGCUGAGCGCAUGAAUGUGUGGGCGGCGUAUUUGAACUUGGAAAACAAAUACGGCACUCCGUCGCCGGAAGAAGCUGUGAAAAAGCUCUUUACGCGCGCGGUUCAAAUCGCCGAUGCCAAGCACAUGCACUUGACGCUCGUAUCGAUGUAUGAGCGAAACGCUCAAGAGGAUGCGCUCGAAGAAAGCUUGAAGAAGGCGGCCAAAAAGUUUUCGUACAGUGCGAAAAUCUGGCUCGCAUACAUACGCUCUGCUGUGUUGAAAAAUGAUUCGGAAAAGGCGCGAAAACUUUUGGAUCGCGCGACGCAGUCAUUGCCGAAGCACAAACAUAUAAAGAUUCUCACGCGUACGGCUCUCCUCGAGAUGAAAGAGGGAAAUCCGGAGCGCGGCCGCACGAUGUUUGAGGGUAUAUUACGAAACUACCCGCGACGUACUGAUAUUUGGUCAGUGUACAUUGAUCAAGAAAUCAAGCAAGGUGACAUUCAACGCAUCAGAGCAUUAUUCGAGAGAGCGACGCACCUCGAUCUUAACGCAAAGAGCAUGAAAUUUUUGUUCAAGCGUUACCUGGACUUUGAAAGAUCGGAGGGUGAUGACGAACGCAUAGCGCACGUGAAGCAAAGAGCGAUGGAAUACGUUAGCAACAAGUUCGGCUCAGCCGCGGAAUGA